AUGGCGAACGACGCGACCGGCGACGGCGCCGUGGCCACCCACAAUAGCCCUCCUACUGCUGAGGAAAAAGUUCCGCCUGCGUCGGAUCUCAAAUCUACCGGUUCGGGUCUGGGCUCAGAUAUAGAUGAUCGUAUCCGUGGACCAAAUGGCGAGGAAUAUCCCACAAAAGAAGAACUCGAUACUCUACGUCGAGUCAAAGGUCCUAUUAAUUUGAUUAUCUACACUAUCGCUUUUAUCGAACUUUGCGAACGAUUUGCUUACUAUGGAACUACUGCUGUCUUCGUCAACUUCAUUUCGCAACCUCUCCCUACCGGUUCUACCACCGGAGCCGGCGGCACGGACCUACAAGCUGGUGCUCUUGACCAGGGUCAGCAAGCUUCGACCGGUUUAGUGCUGUUCAAUUCUUUCUGGUCUUAUCUAAUGCCUUUGCUUGGUGGUUGGUUGGCCGAUACAUAUUGGGGCAAAUAUAAGACAAUCCACGUUGCUGUCGUGGUAGCUCUGUUUGGCCAUAUUAUUCUCAUCGUUUCAGCACUGCCGCCAGUGAUCGCUAAUCCGAGAGGCGCGCUCGGUUGUUUCUCUGUCGGCUUGAUUUUCUUCGGAAUUGGUGUUGGUCUUUUCAAAGCUAACAUCUCUCCUAUGAUCGCUGAGCAGUAUGAAAGCACGCAACCGAGAGCUAUUGUCAAGACUUUAAAGAGCGGCGAACGCGUCGUAGUCGAUCCCGUCUUGACAAUUUCUAUUAUCUAUAUGCGAUACUACUUUUUCAUCAAUGUCGGAUCAUUGAUUGGCUCUAUUGCGAUGGUGUACGCCGAGAAGUAUGUCGGGUUUUGGCUCUCCUUUGUUUUGCCUACAGGCCUAUUCAUUCUCUGCCCCAUCGUCUUGGUUGCUUUCAAGGCCAAGUACGUUCGUCAUCCACCAACAGGCUCAGUUCUUAGUAAAUCAAUCGCCCUGGUUGGUUUAUCGAUGAAGGGGCGUUGGUCUUUAAAUCCUAUCACCACUAUCAAACACAUUCGUGAGCCCGGUUUUUUCGAGAGGGUUAAGCCGAGCAAUAUACCUGAGUCCGAGCGCCCAGCCUGGAUGACAUUUGAUGACCAUUGGGUCGAUGAGGUACGCCGUGGUUUCAAAGCUUGCAGCGUUUUCGUCUGGUAUCCGAUCUACUGGCUUUCCUAUAACCAAUUAAACAAUAACCUCGUCUCCCAAGCUGCAACAAUGCAUCUUGGAGGAGUGCCGAACGACGUGGUUUUCAACCUCGAUCCUUUCGCCCUACUAAUCUUCAUCCCUAUCUGCGACAAGUUGAUUUACCCCGCCAUGAGACGCGCUGGUAUCCAUUUUACCCCUAUCAAGAAAAUCACGACCGGUUUUGCCCUGGGAACUUUAGCGAUGACGGUUGCCGCUAUUAUCCAACAUUACAUAUAUAUGCAAAGCCCGUGCCGAAGCCGAGAUGGUUACGGAUAUGUCGAUGACUGCAGGGCGCAUCUCGGACUUCCAGCUGAUGCUCCAGAGUCUUUAUAUAAACCUAAUCUGUCAGUCUGGAUUCAGACGCCUGCAUAUGUCAUUUUGGCACUGGCUGAGAUCUGCUCGUCGAUUACCGGUCUCGAGUAUGCUUUCACGAAGGCGCCGAAGAAUAUGCGAGGUUUUGUCACUGGUAUCUUUUGGUUCUCUCAAGCUUUCGCAUCUGCCAUUGGCCAGGCCUUCGUUCCUCUCGCUACUGACCCCAACCUCGUAUGGUUAUACAUGACGAUUGCUAUUAUCUCAGCCCUGGGCGGUGUUGGGUUUUGGUACAACUUCGCGAGCUUGGAUCGCGAAGAGGAAGCUCUGAAUGCACUCCCUGACAGCUUGUUUCAGGGAAGUCAAACUCAGGAUGUAGAUUUCGCUGCUCUCGAAGCGGCGCAAGUGGAACAGGAGAAAAUUCGGCACGCCCAAGGACUAGAUAAGGCCCCUUAA